AUGAUCCUGCAGAAGAAAAGUGCUUUUUACCCCGAUGAGGCCCUGUCCGUGUUUGACCCAACGUAUUGCUAUAUUUUUGAUGUUUUUCUGCUGCUGUAUUCUGUUAUUUUCACUGCUCUCUACUUCAGAGAGAAGUUUACAAGAGAAGAGCCUGUUCCUCCAGAACCUGCGCCACUGGCCCGUAACCCCAAUGAGCCUGUCUAUACAGACUUGGAUCUGCCUCAGAUGAGCUCCGAUUAUCAGCAACUGGAUAGACCGAUAAGAAGACGGGAGCCAGAGACACAUUAUCAGGAAUUGAGAGCACACACAAGUGAUGAAUACCAGGCAAUAAGAACUAAAGGAGCCAAACCUCGCAAAAGCAAGAGAAAAUCUAAUGAGGGUCGAACGAGGAGAAACGGGGAUGCAGCCGAGUCUAUGGAGAUGGAAACUUAUCCCACUGAAAUGUUGCACUAUUAGCGCACAGCACCCGAGCGACCUGUAUAUCU